AUGGCCGGUGACUCCGCGGCCGACUUCACCAGGCAACACAGCGAUGGCCGCUGGGGAGAAGGCGCAGAGGGCGACAUCUCCGUCUCCGCCGCCAUCAACGAGUUCCACGAUCUGGAGCGGGAGCUGACCACGCGAUCUCGCCGCACCCAACCGGAACGGGAACCCCGUCGCCAUGACACGGACAGCGACUCAACCCACACCCCGGGUUCCGAAGAAGACGGCAUCUCCGACCUCCCCGACUUCCUGAGGAACGGAUUCAUCGGCAUGCGAGCCCCCGCCGAUUCCCCCACAGCGACCAAGAAACUCGGCGUCUCCUUCAAGAACCUGACCGUCAAAGGCGUGGCAUUGUCCACCGUCUCGGUGGAAACCCUCCCCCGGACCAUCCUCAACACCUUCGGCCCGGACCUGUGGAGCUUCCUCACCGCCAAGAUCCCUUCCCUGGCCCUCCGGACGCCCCCGACCGUCGACAUCCUGCGCGACAUGACCGGCACGGUGCGCCACGGCGAGAUCAUGCUCGUGCUGGGCCGCCCGGGUUCAGGCUGCUCCACCUUCCUCAAGGCCAUCGCCAACCACCGGCAGGAAUACGCGAGCGUCCAAGGCGAAGUAUACUACGGGGCCAUCUCGGCCGAGGACCAGAAGCGCCAGUUCCGGGGCGAGGUGGUGUACUGCGAGGAGGACGACCAGCAUUUCCCCAACCUGACCGUCUGGCAGACGCUGUGGUUCGCGCUGAAGAACAAGACGCGGAAGAGGGAGGAGUGGACCAUUCCUGUCGUGCUGGACUCGCUGCUCCAGAUGUUCGGGAUCGAGCACACGAGGGACACGUUGGUGGGGGAUGCCUAUGUCCGGGGCGUUUCGGGCGGGGAGAGGAAGCGUGUGAGUCUCGCGGAGACGCUGGCGACGAAUGCGUCGGUUGUUUGUUGGGAUAACUCGACUCGUGGUCUUGAUGCGAGCACUGCGCUGAGCUUUGCCAAGUCGCUGCGCGUUUAUACCAACGUUACGGGCAAGACCACCCUCGUGACGCUAUACCAGGCCGGAGAGUCCAUCUACGAGUUGAUGGACAAGGUGCUGGUCAUUGACGACGGGCGAAUGCUUUUCCAGGGACCGGCAAAGGAAGCCAAAAAGUACUUUGAGGACCUGGGAUACUGGUGUCCUCCGAGGCAAACAACCGCGGAUUUCCUCACGUCCAUCGCCGACAAGGAAUCACGCCGUUUCCAGCCCGGACGAGAGGAGACCACUCCCAAAACCCCCGAGGAACUCGAGCGCGCCUUUCGCGAGAGCCCCUACUACCAGCGCCUGCUCCGCGACGUAGACGACUACGACCUCGGAAGCAAGACCCCGGACAGCGAAAAGCACAAAGUCUUCGAGAUGACAGUGCAGCAGUCCAAAUCCAAGCACGUCACCUCGUCCUCGCCGUACACCGUCUCCUACGCGUGCCAGGUCUGCGCCUCGCUGAAGCGGCAAUUCUGGCUCUUCUACCACGACCGCUCCUCCUUCUACACCAAACUCUUCCUCCUCUUCGCCAACGCCCUCAUCGUAGGGUCCCUCUUCGCCGAGAUCGAACCCGGCGCUACUUCUUCCGCCUUCUCCAAGGCGACCAUGACUUUCUUCGCCGUCGCGUUCGUCGGGUGGGUGCAGUUCAGCGAGCUGUUGUCGGUCAUCCUGGGACGCAACACCAUUGCGCGGCAGACCGCUUUUGCGUUCUACAGGCCUUCGGCGGUGGUGCUGGCAAGAGCCAUCCUGGACAUCCCCGUGGUUUUCCUUUUGGUGGUGGCACUUGUGGUCCCUUUCUACUUCUUGUCGAGGUUUGAUCUUGACGCUGGCAAGUUUUGGAUCCAUUUUCUGUUCGUCUAUGUGCUGUCUUACACGGUCACGGCGAUGUAUCGGCUCCUUGCUGCUUUUUCGUCGACCGUGGACGAUGCUAUCCGGUUUGUCGGCGUUUUGAUAAUCGUCUUCUUCAUUUUCAUGGGCUUUUUCAUCCCGAGGAACCAGUUGAUCACCAACGUCCCCUGGUUCGGCUGGAUCACUUACGUCAACCCAAUGGCCUUUGGUUUCGAAGCUAUCAUCACCAACGAGUUUGACGGGCUUAACAUGACUUGUUCCGAGGCGAACCUCGUUCCCCGGGGACCCGGGGCUGAAGCCGGAUACCAGGGAUGUAGUCUCCCCGGCUCUCAAGUUGGCAGCACCAACAUCGACGGCGCAGCCUAUCUGGAUGCAACCUACAGCUUUCUCCGGUCCAAUCUGUGGCGCAACUUUGGCAUCAUCGUCGCCUUCGCCCUGUUCUUCCUCGCUGCCACCGUCGUUUUCAUCGACAGGGCCCAGUCCUCGGGUUCCGGCGCGCAAUCCACAGUCUUCGUCAACAAACCCGCCACCAAGAAGCUCGGCGAGAAAUCCGAGAGCGAAGAUGCCGAGGCUCUGGGGAAGGUUGGUGACCAAAAUAGCGUCUUCACGUUCAAGGACGUCAACUAUACGAUUCCCUACGGCGACGGCCAGCUUCAACUCCUGGAUAGGGUCACCGGAUACGCCAAAUCGGGCAAGAUGAUUGCUCUCAUGGGAAGUUCGGGGGCCGGUAAGACGACCCUGCUGAACACACUUGCUCAGAGACAGAGGGUCGGCGUCGUCUCGGGGGAAAUGUUAAUAAAUGGAUCUCCCCCGGGCCCCGGGUUCCAGCGGGGGACGGGAUUCGGCGAGCAACAAGACAUGCACGAGGGAUCUUCCACUGUCCGUGAGUCGCUGGAGUUCUCAGCGCUGCUCCGGCAGGAGAGCCACAUCCCUCGCGAAGAAAAGAUCGCCUACGUCGACCGGAUCAUGCGGCUCUUGGAAAUGGAUGCACUGGAGCAUGCGUUUGUCUCUUCGUUGAAUGUCGAGCAGCGCAAGCGCAUCACCAUUGGCGUCGAGCUGGCGGCCAAACCAUCCCUCCUCCUCUUCCUCGACGAGCCCACCUCCGGUCUCGACAGCCAAUCCGCCUACUCGCUCGUCCGCUUCCUGCGCAGGCUCUGCGACGCCGGCCAAGCCAUCAUCUGCACGAUUCACCAACCCUCUUCCGACCUCAUCGAGCAAUUCGACAUGAUCCUCGGCCUCAAGCGCGGCGGCAAGACCUUCUACUUCGGCCCCGUGGGCGAGCACGGCUCGGUGGUGGUCGACUACUUUGCGGCCCGUGGCUACCAGUGCCCGCUGAACCACAACAUGACCGAGUUCAUCCUGGAAGCGACGUCGCGGCCCGGCACCAGGAAGGAUGGGUCGACGAUUGAGUGGGACGAGGAGUGGCGGGACAGUGAGGAGGCGAAAGCUCUUGUGGCGGAGAUUGACCGCAUUGCGGUCGAGCAGAAAGUGGCCUUGGAUGAAGGGGGCGUGGAGGAGAAGAAGCAGACCAGGUUCGCGGCGCCGGCUUGGUAUCAGUGUUACCUGUUGACCAGGCGCACUUUUGUCAAGUACUGGCGCGAGCCGAGCUAUAUUUAUGGUCGGUUCUUCGUCCACGCGGUUUUGGGGAUAUUCACCGGAUUUACCUUCUGGAACCAGUCCAACAGCAUCGCCUCCAUUCAAAACCGCAUGUUCACCAACAUCGUCUACCCCUUCUUCGUCACCCCGGCCGUGGUCAACAGCGUGGUCGCCAACUUCUUCAGCCUACGUCAGCUCUGGGCGGGCCGCGAGCUGCCGAGCUGUACCUAUGGCUGGGUGGCCUUCGCCACUGCCAGCAUCGUGCCCGAAGUCACCUACUCCAUCGUGGCGGGCACCUUGUUUUGGCUCCCGUCGUACUUCCCCGUCGGGUUCCCCACCACUCCCUCCGUGGCGGGAUAUAGCUUCCUGAUCAACGUUCUCUACGCGUUGUUCGUAUCCAGCUGGGGCCAAUGGCUUGCGGCAUGCGGCACGAACUACGGCACGAUUUCCAACAUGCUCCCGUUUUUCUUUGUAGUAACAUCCAUGAUCAACGGCAUCGUCUCGCCCUACUCCUUCAUGCCCGACUUUUGGAAAUACUGGAUCUACUACGUCAACCCCAUGACCUGGUUCAGCCGCGGCGUCCUCUCCGCCACGCUCGCCGACGUGCAAGUCCGCUGCACCGAGGCCGAGUUCGCGCGGUUCGACCCGCCCCCGGGCCAGACGUGCGGCGAGUACGCGGGCGACUUUGUGAGCGCGGGCGGGUACCUCCAAAACGAGGACGCGAGGGCCGACUGCGGGUACUGUGCCUUCAGCGACGGGAGCGAGUAUCUGCGGACGCUGAACGUGGAGUUGGGGGAUAAGUGGCCCGCCGUCGGGUACCUCGUUGCGUUUCUGGUGGCGAAUUGGGUGUUGCUGUAUUUCUUCGUUUACGCGGUCAGCAUCAGGGGGUGGACUUUUGGGUUCGGGACUGCCGGGAGGAUGCUGGGCGAUCUGAAAGCGAAAGUCUUGUCUGGGAGGAGGAAGGGAUCGGAAGAGUCUGAGAGGACCGAGACGGAUGCUGGUGAGAAGGCGUAAUGGGAAUGGGUUUCUUUUGUAGAGGAUAGACAGGGUAUACCAAUAGAUAAGGUAGACAUAGGUAAGGUAAGGAAGGUAGGUAGGUAGGUAGACAGCAC